GCAAGGAAUGCAUGAAUUUUUACUAGUUCAUCGAAAAUUUGAGAAAUCCCUGACAAAAAUUGAUGGGGAAAAUCCUUUGAUUUCUUUGGAUUUCAAAUAGAUCCCGUAGGAACAUGGAAUCGUUUAAGAAAAAAGGGCAAAUGCUCGUAUGGUAAUUUCCUUUCUAACUUCUUUGCGGCUUCAGAAAACCAGAUGCACGCACGUGUUGUGUAUAAAACAGCAAUGCCUGUAUCAAUGGCGCACGGUCUCUUACUGUAACAACCUCUCCGCCUCCAGAGGACUUCUCUUUCUCUCUCUAACACAAAACGCAGCAUUUGAGCUCUCUCUCUCUUCGUCUUUGCGUUUGUGGUGGGCAUAAAUGCAGUCGGGAAGACGGCGAUUGCUGCAGCAUCUACUUGCUGCUGCUCCUGCUUCUGCUCUCCGUCCUCCGUGGUCCGCUCUUCAAAAUCGGGGAGCCAAAGUAUUAGGUACCGAUGUACGACUUGGGAACAUCAUCCAAAGGAAAGGGCGUAUAUUCCAGGUACUAAAAGCACAACAUACUCAGCAUGGAAGAGGUGGAGCAACAAUACAGGUAGAGCUCCGUGAUGUGGACAGUGGAAAUAAAAUUACUGAAAGAUUUCGCACUGAUGAGGCCAUUGACCGAGUUUUUGUGGAAGAUAAGUCUUUCCAAUUCUUAUAUCAAGAGGGUCAUUCUGUGACUGUAAUGGAGCCAGACACAUUCGAGCAAAUGGAAGUCUCUAAGGAUUUGUUUGGCAAACGAGCAGCCUAUCUAAAAGAUGGAAUGACAGUGACCGUGCAACUUUAUGAUGGGAAGCCAAUGUCUGCAUCGGUUCCACAGAGGGUGACAUGUACUGUUGUAGAAGCACAAACCAUUGCGAAGGGCCAGACUCUAACACCUCAGUAUAAGAAGGUUGUGUUAGACAACGGGCUUACUGUGCUUGCACCUGCAUUUAUCAAAACUGGCGAUGUGAUUGUUGUUAAUACUAAUGAUGACUCGUACAUGACCAGGGCAAAAGAGUAGUGUAUGUCAAACAUGGUGGAGCUCCAAGGGCAUAAGAAGUGCAAUAUUUAUUUAUGUACCCGGAAAUGUUUUCACUUAAAGGAAGGCCGUGUGAGAAUCUCCAUUGUCACUUUUGUUUCACACCAGAGGGAGAAGAAAGUGUAAAACGAAGGCGAAGGAUAUGAAACUUACGGCUUUUAUCACAUUUGGGAACAAUGUAAAUCAUAUUUAUUUGAGGAUUUCAGAUUUUGGGUCUAUUUUACUCAAAACUCUCAUCACUGCACAUCCUUCAAAUAAGCUUGGGGAAGCUUUUAAUGAUUUAUUGCAGCGGUUCACCAUUUGAAGGAACACCUUCAUUUGCUACACUUGGUUGACUCUAGAUUUAGUCUCUAAUGGAACUGGAAUGGGGGAGUGUUGCAUUCA